GGGGGCAGCCGCAGAGGCACUCAGGGCGUGCUUGGAGGGAGGGCACCCUGCUUUAGCUCUGGCCUGACAGGAAGGAAAGAGAAAUACGUCUGUUCUAACACAAAGAAAAACUGACUUCCUUCUCUCCAGAACAGGCUCCCUGCUCUCUUCUCUUGCAGCAAAGAUACCUACCUGAAUAAGAAAGAACAAACAGAACCAGCAGCGACCUGCAGUCACGUCUCAGGGCGAGAAUGCUUCCCUUCCCUCCUGUCUCAGCAGAGUGAGGCGGGAAGCGCGACUUCCUGUGACCUGAUGACCAGCCGUCCAGAGGGACCCAGAGCCUCAGAGACCUGAGACCUGCUAGUUCCAUCUGUUCAUCCAGAAACUGGGGACCGAGGAGGGUAGAGACUUUGCCUGGUGACGCAGUGAGUUACCAGCCCCAAGGCUAGAGAACCAAGUCCUUGUCACUUUGUCAUUUUCUCGCUGUCUAGAUCGGAAGCCUGUGAACACUUCCCUGGAAACUAGGGGCUGAGAGCGCCCCUUUUCCUUUUCAGCACUGGGUUUUUCUACUCCUUAUGCAGCCUCGGCAGUUUGGGUAACCAGUGUAUUUUAACUUUGUUUUACAGUAGAGAAACUGGCACAUAUAGAAUCCCCUGAGCCGUGGGUCUUUAGCAUACAGGUCCAUGAACUUGGAUGUGAAAAAAAUCACAUCUUUGUUUUCAUUCAUCUCUAUCGAAAAUUUAGCAUUUCCUUCAAUUAUGAAUAUAGGCAUCCAAUCACAGUAGAACUAGCAGGAUUUGUGACUGUCCCCAGUAGAAGUCACAGAUGUUUCACGCCCUAUUGCAUGUUACAGGUACCUCAAAACAUUGUUUAUAAUUGUCACUUCUUGAAAUUAUGGUGGCCAUUAGAUCACUGCUACAUCAGUGAACAUAUACAUCAAUGCAUCAGUGAACACAUGUAUUACUAUACUUUAAAAAAUAUUUCAGUGCAAUCGAUUUCCUUUGUAACCCAAUGUAUUUUAUUUUAUGGAUUUCAAAAAGAGGCUUUACCAGACUACCAGAGAUUAAGAAAAAAAAGUCAAGAGUCUCUGCUUAAAGAGAAUGAUCCCUUGGGGCUCUAUUAACCUCUCAUUUACUGAUUUGCUGUGGAUCAUAAAUUAAUACAAUGUGGAUGUGCUGAAGCCCGAGAAAGGGAGUUUAACUUCUAAAGAAUUAAAAGGAAACCUGUUACCAAGGAAUUCAUGUAGAUUUGAUAACCAAAUGGCAUCAUGGAAAGUAUUUUGAUUUGAUCUACAUUUUCUGCAUUUUAUUGAUAUGGUCUACCCAGUGUUUUAUCAAUUCAGUACCAUCUUCUUGGCUGGGGGAGGAACAGUUUGAAGGUGACGUGUGCCCAGCAUCACUGAUGGGAACAGAAGUAGCAAGGAUGUGUGCAGAAUUUUUCAACUAGCAUUAAACAGAAAAAGACUUGCAUAGGGCUGUCAGUGAAAACAAUCAAAUACCAUAAAUAAUUGAUAGACUGAAGUUGUGGUGAUGUCCCUUCAUACAUCCCUAGUUAAUUAAAAAGUUUCUGAGUUUUGAAGUUAGUUGCAAAAAUAAUAGCUAGCGGUUGAGGACAUCGUUAUUCUAAUGUAUAUUCAUUUAGGAUAUGUAAAUUAAAUAUAGACCUUUUUACCUCUAAUCACUGACAAUACAGGAUUUAUAUUAGAAAAAUUCAAAUUGGAAGUUUGAGGCUUUAGAAACAUGAGAAGGCCAAUGUAAUAAAAGUUAAGCUCUUACAUUAUACCCACGGCAGAAACUACAAAGAUCUGCCUGUGUGGAAUAUUGGUCUUUUCUGAACUAAGGCCACAGAGGCACAAACCAGGAAAAAAUGAUGCCCCUUUUUGUUGUCUGUUCUAUGGGAAUCGAGCAGGCUGGCUUUAAUGAUCACUACUGCUGACCUGAAAACAUUUGGAUGGAGAAGGUUAGCUUCUGUAAAUUAUUGAUAUUCUUCUUACUACUAUUUGUAAUUUCCUUCAGAUUGGAGAUUACUUCUGCUUUACAGAAAUUAUCUGCUCUGAGCCAUGCAUAAUUUAUAACAAUCUCUGGCAAAAUGUCAGGAAAAAAGAUAUGUUUUUGUCUUAGACCGCAGCAGGACCCACUGAAAAGGCUCCCCAGCUGGCAUGAAGCUCUGGGAGCCGUGAUUCAGACAGAGGGACAGCCUCUCGGGGCUUUCUUCUCCAGAGGAGUGUGCCACAGUUAUAAAGGAAAAAAAAAAAAAGAGAGAGAGAGAGAGCGCCACAAGCAAAGCAGUUGCCAGUGCCGUCGGAGAGGAAGCGAGCUCAAGAGCGUGGGGCUGCUCCUGGACUCUCUGAGCUCAUCCCCAGGACAGCAGUGCUCCGUCAUGGAGUGAAACAUCAGCUGGGGUCCUAGCAACGUGAGCGGAAAUGGCCCAAGAGGUCCAUCUGAGUUCCCUCCAGGAAUUAGAACGCGAGGUGAUUCUCCAGGUCCUGUACCGAGAUCAGAUGGUGCAAAACGUCGAGGAGGAAAGGAUACGGAAGCUGAAGACGAGUCUGCAGCAUCUGAGGUGGAGAGGCGCGAAGGGCGUGAGCCGGGAGUACAGAGAGAAGUCCUGUGCCCGCUGCCAGCGGGCGCUGGGGCUCCUGCUCAACAGGGGCGCCGUGUGCCAAGGCUGCAGCCACCGCGUGUGCUCCGAGUGCCGAGUGUCCCUGAGAAGGACCCACUCCUGGAAGUGCACCGUGUGCUUCGAGGACAGAAAUGUCAAAAUAAAAACUGGAGACUGGUUCUUUGAAGAACGAGCCAAGAAAUUUCCAACUGAAGGAAAACAUGAGACAGUUGGAGCAAAGCUUUUGCAAUCUUAUCAGAAACUGAGCAGCAAAAUUUCUGUGGUUCCUCCGACUCCACCUCCUCUCAGUGAAAGCCGGUGCAGUGGCAGUCCUGGCCGGUUACAGGAACUUGGUCAGUUUAAAGGAUUUAAUAAGUCCGUGGAAAAUUUGUUUCUGUCUGUUACGACCCAUAUGAAAAAGCUCUCCAAGUCCCAGAAUGACAUGACCUCUGACAAGCAGCUCCUGGCCACGGGCCCCAGGCAGUGUGCUGGCCGGACGGAAUGGAGGAGCCAGUCUGACACUGCCAUCAACGUCACCUCCAGGAAGGCCAGCACACCAGAUAUUAUGAAACCUGUCAAUCGAGAGAGCCCCAAACACCCUACUAACCCUGUUUCGAAGCGAGAGGAUCCCUUAUCCAGCCCAACAUCCACCACUUUAUUCUCAGGAGGCUUGAGACACGGAAGUUUAAUUAGCAUUAACAGCACUUGUACGGAGAUGGGCAAUUUUGACAAUACUAAUGUCACUGGAGAAAUAGAAUUUGCCAUUCGUUAUAGCUUCAAAAUCCAUUCUUUAGAAGUAUGCAUCAGGGCCUGUAAGAACCUUGCCUACGGAGAAGAAAAGAAGAAAAAGUGCAACCCGUACGUGAAGACCUACCUGCUGCCGGACAGAUCCUCCCAGGGAAAACGCAAGACCAGAGUCCACAGGAACACCCUGGACCCGACCUUUCAGGAGACCUUGAAGUACCAGGUGGAGCCUGCCCAGCUCGUGACCCGGCAGCUGCAGGUCUCUGUGUGGCACCUGGGUACACUCACCCGGAGGGUGUUCCUGGGACAGGUGAUCAUUCCUCUGGCCACGUGGGACUUCAGAGAUAGCGCAACACAGUCUUUCCACUGGUUUCCACUGCAGGCCAAGGCAGAGAUACACGAAGAUGGCGCUUCUCCAAAUAAUGGAGAACUUGCAGUCCGGGCCAAACUGGUCCUCCCCGCAGGGCCCAGGAGGCUCCAGGAGGCUCAGGAAGGGCCCGGAGACCAGCCAUCACCUAACGGCCAACUCUGUGUGGUAGUGCUGGGAGCCAGGAACUUGGCGGUGCGGUCGGACGGUGCCCUGAACUCAUUUGUUAAGGGCUGUCUCACUCUGCCAGACCGACAAAAACUGUGGCUGAGGUCCCCGGUCCUGAAGAAGCAAGCUUGUCCCCAGUGGAAGCACUCCUUUGUGUUCAACGGGGUGACCCCGUCCCAGCUGAGGCGGUCAAGCCUCGAGUUAACCGUGUGGGACCAGGCCGUCUUUGGUAUGAAUGACCGCCUCCUGGGAGGAGUCAGGCUCAGUUCCAGUAAGUCUGUUUCAGAGGAAGAGUCAGGUGGUGGUGCCGACUCGUGCUCACAGUCAAAGCUUCAGUGGCAGAAAGUUCUUUCCAGCCCCAAUUUAUGGACAGACAUGACUCUCGUCCUGCAAUGAAGUGAAGGUUCCAGUCUACAGUGGGUGUUUCAAGGGCUGUGUGCCUGAGGUUUAGCUGAAGAGCUGGGUGUGGACACAUGGCUGGAAAAGGCCCCCUGGAGUGUGAACACUCUGCCUGGGGCUGUCACGUAGCUACAGCAUCCUUCCAUCUCCAUUGUGUAUUUGCUAAACAGAGGAAUUAGCGGUUAUAUAAAUGUCAGGUUGGUUUUCUGCUUUGAGAUGUGGAAAAUGGCCGGGUUUCAUUAAAUGUUCAACAGCUA